GGGGAAUCAUUUGGCAUUCUCUUAAAGCUGUGUCACCGGCCAAAAUAUCGUUUGCCACUUCAUAUACAUAGUGGGAACAAUUUCGCGUCUAAAAACGUUCCGAACCGGCAAGAAAUUUCUCAGUGUUAUUCAGAUAAUCUUCAAGUUAUAACUUUGCAUAAAAAAAAAAUCGAAAAAUGUCCGAUAAACCAGACACAGUUCCCGGAUUAGGAUUUAAACAUCCCGAAAAAGCUUUGGAGUCACUAAAAAUUUUAGAAGGUCGCGAUCCUGACUAUCAAAAGUUAGCUGUUAAAGGUUUAAUCGGGCGCGCCAAACGAGUUUUAACACUAACCAAAGAUAAAGAAAAACACCAAAACAUCACAGAUGCCAUAAAAACGUUCGAUAUUUUCCUUAAAGACUUUGAAAAAGAAAACCGUUCGAAAGAAAACCGUUCUUAUUUACCUUUGGAUUCAAUCCAAGCUUUACUUCCAUUAAGAAAACAACACAAAAUCGAAGAUAAACAAUCUGAGGAGUUUUUAAAAGCUUACAAAUCCGUUAAAGGUGAAUACAAAAACCUUCGAACCGUUUCAAGUGGUGAAAAUGAACCGACUUGGGAUAUUGUGAGAAACGUGGCUUUGAAAAAAUUAAUGAAAAACAUUGAAGAAAAUGACCCAGAAAUGUGGAAAAACGAGCUUCCAACGAAAGAACACAUGGAGCUAAUUUUGUGGGCCUACAGCCCAGAUGCGAGCAAAAUAAAGAAAAAUAAAGAAAAAUUUGAAGAUUUACUUAAAAAUGAACAAGAAGAUGAAGUUAAAGAUGAUGAAAAUUAUAAUGAUGAGGAGGAUGAAGAUGAACGCGGUAUUAAAAGAAAAAGUGAAACUUCCUCUGAAUCAUCAGAUGAGGAAUCACCUAAAAAGAAAACUAAAACUUAAAUUUUCUGUAAUAUAUUUGUAUUAAUGUUAAAAUUAAGAAUUGUUUAAUG